AUGUCUUGCUUCAAUCUCGUCGUUGGACCGAUCGGCAAGAGCAAGUACCGCCUGCCGAGGUGCCUCACCUCUACCAACUCGUGUCACAGCACGGUGAGCAACUCAGAGCGCUCCUCGGAGGGCGGCCAAGUGAGUCGAAUGUUUGCUAUGUCCACCCUUUAGUCCUUUUUGAUUGAAUAACGCAAUCCAACUCUUCGUGCUCUCUUCCUAGUCUCCAUUCCGCAGGGCGAUCUUGAAGCGUGAAGUUGCCUAGUCACUGGCCUACCUCACCAAUACAGUGUCGCCUGUCACAUUGUCCCUAUGAGCCGCGAAGAUGCUAGUACUACUCGCUAGUCCUCUCGUGAAUCCUCGCUGCUUACCUUUGUCACUGGCCCCAACUACUGCAGGUCUGGGAGGAGUUGGGCGUGAGGGAGCGUUAUGACGCGUCGUGCGGUUUGCUGCUUGACUGCACCUUGCAUGUCAUGUUCGACUACUAUGCCUGGGCACUCUACCCCCUGGGAGUCAGUACCGUGGGGCUUUCUUUUCUUGUCUUUGGCGUGCUUGGUCAUAUUGAUGCCACCGAUAUUUCACGUCUACCGCAGGGCGGAGAGUACGUGGUCCAUAUCUUCAACCCUGUCAUCGAAUCAUUCUACGGUGCCCGCCAGGGCCAAGUAAUCCCGCGUUCCAGAUUCGAUUCCGAAGAUGAUUCUGCUCUUCCCAGCGAUGAGCUGCUCCUUUGGCAGUACCGCCAAUGCGUGCUGCUGAAUCUUCGUGGUGUCGCUAUCCCCGAGUGA